AUGGCACAGGUGAAAUUGAUAAUGAUGGAAAAAUAUGAUGAUACAGGUGAAAAUAACGACGGAAAAUAUGAUGAUGCAAGUGAAAAUGAUAAUGAUGAAAAAUAUGAUGAUGAGAAGGGUGAUAAUUCUAAUGAUAUUAAUAAUAAGAAGGGUUAUCAUUCUGAUGAUAAUGAUAAUAAGAAGGAUGAUACUUCUGAUGACAAUGAUGAUAAGGAGAAGGGUAAUCAUUCUGAUGAAAAUGAUAAGGAGAGGGGUGAUCAUUCUGAUGAUAAUGACAAUAAGGAGAAGGGUGAUCAUUCUGAUGAUAAUGAUAAUAAGGAGAAGGGUGAUACUUCUGAUGAUAAUGAUAAUAAGGAGAAGGGCGAUACUUCUAAUGAUAAUGAUAAUAGGAAGAAGGGUGAGCCUUCUGAUGAUAAUGCUGAUAAGGAGAAGGGUGACACUUCUAAUGAUAAUGAUGAUAAGGAGAAGCGUGAUCAUUAUGAUGAUAAUGAUGAUAAGGAAAAGGGUGUCAUUCUGAUGGAGAAGGGUGAUACUUCUGAUAAUAAUGAUAAUAAGGAGAAUGGUUAUACUUCUGAUGAUAUUGAUUAUAAGAAGGAUGAUACUUCUCAUGAUAAUGAUAAUAAGGAGAAGGGUGAUCAUUUUGAUGAUAAUGAUGAUAAGAAGGGUGAUCUUUCUGAUGAUAAUGAUAACAGGGAGAAGGGUGAUACGUCUGAUGAUAAUGAUAAUAAGGAGAAAGGUGAUAUUUCUGAUAUUAAUGAUAAUAAGGAGAAGGAUGAUCAUUCUGAUGAUAAGGAGAAGGGUGAUUCCUCUGAUGAUAAGGACAAUAAGGAGAAGGGUGAUUAUUCUGAUGAUAAUGAUAAUUGGGAAAAGGGUGAUCAUUAUGAUGGUAAUGAUAAUAAGGAGAAGGGUGGUGAUCAUUCUGAUGAUAAUGAUGAUAAGGAGAAGAGUGAUAAUUCUGAUGAUAAUAAUAAUAAGGAGAAGGGUCAUACUUCUGAUGAUAAUGAUAAUGAGGAGAAGGAUGAUAUUUCUGAUGAUAAUGAUGAUAUGGAGAAGGAUGCUCAUUCUGAUGAUAAGGAGAAGGGUGAUCCCUCUGAUGAUAAUGAUAAUAAGGAGAAGGGUCAUCAUUCUGAUGAUAAUGAUAAAAACGAAAAGGGUGAUCAUUCUGAUUAUAAUGAUAAUAAGGAGAAGGGUGAUACUUCUGAUGCUAAUGAUAAUAAUAAUAAUAAGGAGAAGGUUUAUCAUUCUGAUGACAAUGAUAAUAAGAAGGAUGAUACUUCUGAUGACAAUGAUGAUAAGGAGAAGGGUAAUCACUCUGAUGAUAAUGAUAAGGAGAAGGGUGAUCAUUCUGAUGAUAAUGAUAAUAAGGAGAAGGUUGAUCAUUCUGAUGAUAAUGUUAAUAAGGAGAAGGGUGAACCUUCUGAAGAUAAUGAUGAUAAGGAGAAGGGUGAUACUUCUAAUGAUAAUGAUGAUAAGGAGAAGGGUGAUCAUUCUGAUGAUAAUGAUAAUAAGGAAAAGGGUGAUCAUUCUGAUGGUAGUGAUGAUAAGGAGAAGUGUGAUACUACUGAUGAUAAUGAUAACAGGGAGAAGGGUGAUACUUCUGAUGAUAAUGAUAACAGGGAGAAGGGUUAUACUUCUGAUGAUAAUGAUUAA